AGACCUCACUGCAGGCAGACAGAUGGUGAGCACGAGAGGAGCCACAGGGCAGGCAUCACAGCACAGAGGACCGUCCACAAACUCACGUGACACAUCCCUAGAAGGAGACCUGGCUGAGACUGGAGGCUGCAUUGAGAGGCGUGUGAUGAGCUGGAAUCAAGUGCAAACUGGAAGUCAGAUGGCCUGGUUCUAUUCUGGCUCCAACGCGGGCAGGAAAGACCUUAGUGGGCAUGGGCCAGCAUUUCCAAAUCUGGGCAGUGUUCAGAGCCUCCCAGAGGGUCAAAGGCAACACAAUGACUGUGUGGCCCUCAGUGAAGGCCAUGCUUCACUGCUCCCACUCACUGCUUCCCCUGAGACUGGGCCGAGCCCCUGCACCCCAGCCUGCAGGACGCAGCCCCCCAGCUGCAGAAGGAAGCCACAGGAAGGCCACGCUGCUCUCCAGCUGUCUGAACCAAGAAGCUGGAGAGGCCUCACCCAUCUGUACUUCCCUGUGACUGCUUCAGCCUGUGCUUCUCAACAGAGCAGGACGCCCUGCUGCUGAAGGGAAGCACUCCGUGGCCUCCCCAGUGACCAGAUGAAGGUGGUGCUGGGCCUCCUGCUGCCCUGCCUCCUGGCCGAGGUCUGGCUGGUGCCUGGCUUGACCCCCGACCCCCAGCUGCCAGAGGCCCAGGCUCAGCUGACCCCCACUGCCCAGAAUGGGACUGGAGAGGAGGAUGGGGAUGAGGCGGCCAGGGACAAGGAGAACAGGGCCGAGCGGAACGGGGAUGAGGAGGACGGGGAAGAGGAGGCUGAGGAGGCUGAGGAGGCUGAGGAGCCCUGGCUGACGGCCAGCGGGCAGCAGCUCUCUGAGGAGACCGCCAACUUCGGGUUCAGCCUGCUUCGCAAGAUCUCCACGAGACACGACGGCAACGUGGUCUUCUCCCCGCUCGGCCUGUCCGUGGCCAUGGCGGCCUUGAUGCUGGGGGCCACAGGGCAGACGGAGGCCCAGCUGAGGCCCGGGCUCUCCCCGCCGGCCCGGAACCAGAGCAGGCCUGUGCCCCGGCAGGCCCUCUUCAGGCAGCUCAGAGACAGUCUCUCCCGCAACCGGGAGCUGGGCCUCACCCAGAGGAGUUUCACCUUCGUCCAGGAGGAUUUUGAUGUCAAAGAGACCUUCCUCAAUUUAUCCAAGAGCUAUUUUGAUACAGAAUGUGUGUCUAUGAAUUUUCACAAUGCCUCACAGGCCAAAAGGCUCAUGAAUGAGUAUAUUAAAAAAGAAACUCAGGGGAAAAUUCCCAAACUCUUUGAUGAGAUUAAUCCUGGCACCAAAUUAAUUCUUGUGGAUUACAUCUUGCUCAAAGGGAAAUGGCUGACCCCUUUUGACCCUGUCUUCACCGAGGAGGACACAUUCCACCUGGACAGGUACAAGGCGGUGAAGGUGCCCAUGAUGUACAGGGCGGGCAAGUUUGCCUCCACCUUUGAUAAGAAUUUUCACUGCCAUAUCCUCAAACUGCCGUACAGAGGGAACGCCACCAUGCUGGUGGUCCUCAUGGAGAAAAUGGGUGACCACCUCGCCCUUGAGGACUACCUGACCACAGACCUCGUGGACACAUGGCUCAGAAGCAUGACAACCAGAAGGAUGGAAGUUUUCUUCCCGAAGUUCAAGCUGGAGCAGAAGUAUGAGAUGCAUGAACUGCUUAAACAGAUGGGAAUCAGAAAAAUCUUCUCACCCUGGGCUGACCUAAGCAAACUUUCAGAGGCCACAAGAAAUCUGAGAGUCUCCAAGGUUUUACAAAGAGCAGCAAUUGAAGUCAAUGAAAAAGGAACUGAGGCAGUGGUGGGAACCCUGUCAGAAAUUAUUGCUUAUUCCAUGCCUCCCAUCAUCAAAGUAGACCGGCCAUUUCACUUCCUGAUCUAUGAAGAAACCUCUCGAAUGCUUCUGUUUCUGGGCAGGGUGGUGAAUCCAACUCUUUUAUGA